GUAGCGGCGCGCGCCCCCUCCCUCCCCUCCGUGGGCGGGCGGGAAAUCGCGGCGGAAGAUGGCGGACCUCCAUGAGGUGCCGCGGCGCCGCAUCGCCACCAGCCAGCUGGCGCAGCACAUCGGCCAGCCCGUCUGCUUCGUGGGCCGCGUCGAGAAGAUCCACCCUUCUGGGAAGCUUUUCGUGCUCUCGGACGGAGAAGGAAAAAAUACAACUGUGGAGCUGAGCGAGCCUCUAGAGGAAGAGAUCUCAGGAGUUAUUGAAGUAGUGGGAAGAGUCACAAACCAGGCAACCAUCAUGUGCGCGUCAUACGUCCAGUUCAGAGAAGAUAAAAGUCCGUUUGAUCUGGAAAUCUACAACGAAGCACUAAAAAUUAUUCAUGAAUUCCCUGAAUACUUCCCAUUUGGCACUGGGAGGAAGAACUGAUUUUUCUUAGCGUAUAUUUAGAGGGGACACCAGCACUGUAACUUUUUUACCUGACAGCAUGUGAAUAGUGGCAUUUAUUUCCGACAAAUGUACUGAAAAGAUGCUGUUACAUGGGCCACGUAUGGCCAGUGAAGAAUGUUUUCUUUGAAAAUUAAUUGACAGGGCAAGGAGAAUGCUGCUGUGGGUACCUCACUGUAUAUAUCUAACCCUUCUGUUUCCAUGAGGAGUGUUCAGCUACAGGAUUGGACUUGCUAGAAACUGGAGUUUUGUAGAUGUCUCUCUGUUUUGGCAAAUUUCACAAGAAAUUUGUAUUUGGUGGGGUUUUAAUGUAAAUAUUUUUCUUUUUUAAUUUCGUUUGCUUUGAUACCCCCCUCCCCAUAUUCAAUAAAUUUGUAUUUUGCGUCUUGAAAAUGGUCUCUUCUCCAAUAAAAAAAAUAUCUGAUAU